AGAGAGAAAGCGAGCGAGGAGGAGGAGAGAAGGAGGAGGGUUCCGGGUUGGGCACAGGAAUGAAAAAAAGGUGGCCGAGACUGAGCAAGGAGCGAGCUGAGCUCCUGGAGUCCACGGCGAACGAGAUCUCGAGGCAACUGAUUGGACAGCGGGGGCCCAAUAAGAAACAAUAAAAGGAGGAAGGGGUUUUCUCUCCUCCUUCUAUUCUUUUGGGUGCAUAUAGUAGUUGCUCCUUUCUUUCUGGGACUGAAGAAAGGCGGAGGGGCAGGGAAGAGUUUUAAGCGUUCGGCCGGGACUACAGUGCAGAGGCUGGUGCCCGUUGCAGACUGGCCGCCUCUUCUUCUGGGACUCGCUGAGGGAAGAGGGGGAGGAGGCGGUGGCUGGCAAGCCGGCCAGCCGGCCGUGGGGACGCGCUUCGGAGCCUGGCGUCGGCGAGGGUUGCUAAGGGGAGGGAUUGGAGCCCGCGCGCGCGCCCGGCUGCCCGCCCGCCCGCCUGCCUGCCUGUCUGCUGAGGGUUGCUGAGGGCGAAAGUGCUGCGGGUUAGGCAAGCAGGAGCGUAACUGGAACUCGACCAGAAAAGGAGGAAAAGGGGGAGGGGGCGGCUGAAAGACUGAGGCGGGGCGCGCCGCGCCGCCCUUGCCCCGAGUGGCCGCCAGAGCCCUGUGCGGCUUCGGCGGGUGGCUGUUGUUGCUGCCGCCGCUGCUAUGUUCCAUUGCAUCCCGCUGUGGCGGUGCAACCGUCAUGUGGAGCUUAUCGAUAGGCGCCACUGUUCGCUGGCCGCCGUGCCCGAGGAAAUCUACCGCUACAGCCGGAGCCUGGAAGAGCUCCUGCUGGACGCCAACCAGCUCCGUGAGCUGCCCAAGCCUUUUUUUCAGCUUGUAAAGUUACGAAAACUUGGGCUCAGUGAUAAUGAAAUUCAGCGACUUCCUCCAGAGAUAGCGAACUUCAUGCAGCUGGUAGAACUUGAUUUGUCUCGAAAUGAUAUCCCUGAAAUCCCUGAAAGCAUCUCCUUCUGCAAAUCAUUACAGGUGGCAGACUUCAGUGGGAAUCCCCUCACCAGGUUGCCGGAAAGCUUUCCUGAAUUGCAGAAUCUAACGUGUCUUUCUGCAAAUGAUAUCUCAUUACAAGCAUUACCUGAAAAUAUUGGAAACCUUUAUAACCUGGCAUCACUGGAAUUGAGAGAGAAUCUCUUGACAUAUUUACCUGAGUCAGUUGCCCAGUUACAGAGACUAGAAGAACUGGACCUAGGGAACAAUGAACUGUAUAACUUGCCAGAAACUAUAGGUGCACUUUAUAAUCUUAAAGACCUCUGGCUGGAUGGAAACCAGCUGGCUGAAUUACCUCAGGAAAUAGGAAGCCUGAAAAACCUGUUAUGUCUGGAUAUCUCUGAAAACAAACUGGAAAAACUACCUGAAGAGAUAAGUGGUCUGACAUCUUUGACUGACCUACUCAUAUCUCAGAAUCUUCUUGAGGUGCUUCCAGAUGGUGUGGGAAAAUUAAAAAGACUAUCCAUCUUGAAGGUUGACCAGAAUCGGCUUGUUCAAUUAUCAGAAGCAAUAGGUGACUGUGAAAGCCUUACUGAAUUAGUUCUUACAGAAAACCAGCUGCUGACUCUUCCGAAGAGCAUUGGACAGCUGAAGAAGUUGAAUGUAUUGAAUAUUGACAGAAACAAACUAGUGUCUUUACCCAAAGAGAUUGGUGGGUGUUGCAGUCUAAAUGUUUUUUCGUUACGGGACAACCGAUUAUCUAGGCUGCCUCCUGAAAUAUCACAAGCCACGGAACUUCAUGUCCUAGAUGUAGCUGGAAACAGGUUGCUACAUCUCCCCAUGUCACUGACGAGCUUGAAGCUGAAAGCAUUGUGGUUGUCCGAUAACCAGUCCCAGCCUUUGCUUACGUUCCAGACAGAUACAGAUCCUGAAAUAGGAGAAAAGAUUUUAACGUGUGUUUUACUUCCUCAAAUGCCUUCUGAGCCUGGUUGUCAAGAUAACCUGCCACGAUGUGGUGCAGUAGAAAGCUUGGUAAAUGAAAUGUCAGAUGAAACGUGGAAUGAACAGGCAGUAAACAGAGUCAGUGCUAUCCGCUUUCUAGAAGAUGAAAAAGAUGAAGAGGACAAUGAAAUGAGGACACUUCUAAGGCGAGCCACGCCACACCCUGGGGAAUUAAAGAACCUGAAAAAGACAGUGGAGAAUUUACGGAAUGAUAUGAAUGCUGCUAAAGGACUGGAUUCAAACAAAAAUGAGGUCAAUAAUGCCAAUGACAGAGUGACCACUUCUGUGUAGAGGCUCACAUCCUCCAGGUGUUUACUCCUGUGUCUUCCCCUCGCUGUUGAAUCGUUGCUGUUGCAUCCUGGGAAAUCAUUCAAUCAACCCUCAUGUGUUUAACCAGAAAUCCAACUCAUCUCGUCCUUUGUCUCUCUUUUCUUUCUUUUUCUUUUUCUUUUUGGAAGGUGCUUCCCACUGGAAGAAAAGUGCCUUAUCAGUCCAAGCAUUUUGAACACAGAGGGUGCAGUGCACUGAGAAAUGCCUCCCACAGUCUUGUUCUCUGCUUGCAAAGUUGUUCGUUUGCAUGGAAAUUAUACCCAUAAUUUCCAACAUUGUAAUAUUGAUAGAUUAUGGUUUUCUUUUAUCUGAACAAUGGGAUUAUUUGUUGUAUACAAUCAUGACUCGCUUUCACAAAGGAGGGUUGUCUACCCUCCCCACCACCGACCCCAAAGUGUAGGGUAUUUAUACUGCCCUGUUCUGAUCGGGGUGUGUGUGCAAGUAGUUUUGUGGAGAACAGAUACUUUUUUACCUCUCUGGCAGCUCAGAUGGUGUAAAUUUUAUAAUUUUUGUAUAGGAGUUUCAUAACACAAUGAUGUAUUUCAUUUAAAAAAAAUUUUAAUGGUACAUUUUACUAUUUGUGGUAGAAGAAUACCAUGGAGAUUCAUGUUUGUCAUAUCUACUUGUGCCUUAAUGCAGCCUUAGUCAGAUCAAUUUUAAGCAGAAAUCUAGGAACGGUAAAAUUAGUUUAAACAGGGGUGCCUCUUCUGAAGUGCUUCUUUGCAAACAAUUGACUUCUGAUUUUCCCCAUUUUGAGAAAAACCAUGGGUUUUGACAAGUGUUAUUACAGUAAUGAAAUUAGAUGCUCAGAUUGCCACUGCCUUAUGAUAUGAUGCACUCACACACUUUUUAAAAAAAACAAACAAAAAAAACCUGUUCAUGAAGAAAUGGCUUUGGCUGCAGAAACACUGCAGUCAUGAGAACUUUGGGACUGUACUGUUUGAAAGAAUAAAAGAACCUGAAUGAAAUGCACAACAGUCAGAGCACAAGUUGGGGAAACAAAUGUUAUGUAUUUUACAGGCAUGAUAUUCUCAAACAUACCUGAAAGGUUUUAUAUUUAUAUAAAACCUAAUAAACAGUAAAAACAAAA